GCCGCGCUGCGCUACGCGAUUAGAUACUCAAUGGUUCUUUUGUUUUGAAAAAAUGUACAGCGACUAACCUGAUUUAUGUAUCAGUACAGACUUAGAAUUAUUUGCAUGUUUCAUGUAACAUAUUACUUCAAUCAUUACGUAUUGCUAAGUCGAAUUAGGUAAGCAUCAAAAUAAAUAAUGUAGUAAACUCGAAAUCUAUCCUAAAAAGAAUGUUGAUAUUAAUUUUUGCUAUGAUUUACAUGAGAUGAUUUUUGUUAUAGAAACUUAAACUUAAUUUAUUAUGGAAGUAGUUAUACGCUUCGAAGAAUUUCCAGAUGUUCAUUGCCCUAUCGAAGAUGGAUAUAUUUCUAUGGCAUAUUUACAUAUGUACCCACAACCAUUUAUUCUUGUUUACGGAGAAAAUAAACAGCUUGCUAUACAGGAAACAAAAGGUUUUAAAGUAGUCGAAGGGGUAUUGGAAUAUAAAGUUGUUUCCUUAAAAAAUGAAAGUAUGGAAGUGAAUAGUUUCAUCGAAUUAAUUCUGCAGUACUUUUUUAAAAGGUACACGUACGAAGAAAUAUGUCUAUUGCUUAAACAAGAAAACAACAUUUCAAUUACUGUACGAAAUUUGCGAAAAAUUCUGAAACAUCUUAAGUUGAAAAGAAAGAAUAUUGUCGAAAGCCCAAAAGAAGUUAUUGUAGCAACCGUUAUACAUGAAGUGUUUAAUGAUGGAUUAAAUCUUGGAUAUAGAGCAAUGCAUCAACGUUUACGAAAGAAGUACAGACUUUUAGUGAAACAAUCAACAGUACUAGAGAUUUUGAGAUUAGUUGAUCCAGUAGGUGUUGAGAAUCGGUCUAGAUAUAGAUUGAAAAGACGGACGUAUAAAGUACCAGGCCCAAACUAUGCAUGGCACAUUGAUGGCCAUGAUAAAUUAAAGAGGUACGGUUUCGCAAUUCAUGGAUGCGUGGAUGGUUAUUCCAAAAAGGUUAUGUGGCUGCAUGUAUCUACCUCGAACAAUGACCCUACAAUUGUUGCCUAUUAUUAUCUCCAGUGCUUGAAAGAGUUUGAUGUUUUACCGACUCUGAUACGAGCACACACAGGAACUGAAAAUACAGUUGUAGAAUUACUUCAGAUGGCUUUACGUUUCCAUCAUACAAAUGAGAAAGCUGGAGAAAAAAGUUUCAUAAAGGGUAAGAGUACUUCUAACGAGAGAAUAGAGAAAUAUUGGAGGCAACUGCGGAACCAUUUUGCUGAGUAUUACAUGUCUAUAUUUAAAACUAUGGAAGAUAAUGGUGUACUAGAUAUUGACGAUAAAAUUCAGCAAAGUUUAGAGUAUGUAAAGAAGGAGUGGAACGAGCAUCGCAUUAGAAAGCAAAAUAACAUACCCUCUGGUAUUCCAAACGUGAUGUACUUUUGGCCACAGAAAUACGGAGAUCAAAAUUGUAGCCAAAAAGUCGAUCAACGAAAUGUUGAUAACUUAUUAAAUAAAUAUACGAAAACACCGAUCUUUUUCAAUAAACAUGUACAAAAUUUAAUCAAAAUGUUAGUUCCUAAGUAUGAAGUACCACGACAUGCCGAAGAAGCUUAUAAUUUAUUUGUACAAAUUCUUCGUUUAAUGAAUUCUUAAAAUUCAAAUAAUUAUCGUUUUGUUUAUGUUUAUAAAAUCAUAUUUAAGUGUACUUAUAAUAUGUUUGAGAAACAAACAUAUUCUUUUAACAACCUCGAAUCACAAAUAGUUUUAUUAAAACGUAGUAUACAUAAACUCUUUGUUAUUACAUUUGAUGUACAUUGUUUUUCUCAACACGUUAAAAAUUAUAUUCACGUCAAAUUAUACUUAUCGCAAGAUCAUGAUACAAAA